AUGCCCAAACCUCCUGCGGGUGCAAUGUGUUUACUGGCUACUUCUACGGAUUCGAAGUUUGAGGGCAAGUAUCUUGCGGCGUGGUAUAAUCGCGAUAGCGAAAGGACUGAAUGUUUCACCACAUCUGGUGAUCAAGAUAACUGCGAGGCGUACGAAACUGGGGCAGAUUGCGAAGACCAAAUUGUUUUUUUCACACCAGAUGGUACUUCUCCAGUUAAGGAAUGUGUGGAAAACUUGACCUACUACGAUUCUGGAGAGUAAAUCUUUAGGUUAGUAAAGAG